AGGACGCAAAAUUCAGAGCACCAGAUCAUCUUUCUUCUUUCGGCUACUAUAAAUAGGUCCUUAGGGUUGCCUGUGCUGCAUGAAUUUCUAGUGUCCAGAACACCAAGAUUGAUCGAGCAAUCGGGCUUUUGGGAUAGAUCAUCUUACUCUAUUGCUAAAAUCUUGAUCUGGGAUUCCAAUAUGGCCGCUGUUGAGGUUUCUGGUAUGCCUGCAACUGAAGAAGUGCCUGUCCAGGCUGAAGCCCCAGCUGUGAGAUCUGUGGAACAGCCCCCAAAAGAAGAAGAAUCGGCCCCCAUUCUGGAACAGGAGGCUGUGGAGAAAACAGUUGAAGAGAGCCCUGCUGCUGAGGAGACGAAAGCAGAGGAAGAAAGUCCUGCACCAGAGGUGGCUAAGGUUGAGGAGAAAUUUACCCAACUGGAGAUUCCAGCCGAGGAAGUAAAAGAAGAGGUGGUGGAAGAAGCAGAAGGGGAAUCCCCUGCUAAAGAAGAAGAAGAAGAAGAAAAGGAGGUAACAGAAGAGAAAGAGGCUCCUGCUGCUGCAACAGAAGUUGUGGAGAAAGAAGCCUCUGCUACUGCUGAAACUCCUGUGGAGGAAGAGAGUCCUGCUGAGAAAGUAUGAAGUGGUGACACCUGGUGCUGAGGAAGAAGUGAAGACCGAGGCAUCAGAGUAAACGAUUAUGGUGGUGGUACAGCAAUAAGGGUUGUGACGUAGGAGAUCUAUAGAAUAGAUCGGAUCAGAUCAGAUCAUCAUACGAGGUGAGAUUUAUUAGGCCACUGUUGUAAGAUUCAGCUUGAGAUUCAGGGGGAUUGAACAUAUAGAAGUUUCUUUGCCCAUCUCCAUCGUUCUGAUUUGGAUUGAUUUUAAAGAGAAAUUACAAGCAUUUGUAUUUAGUUGGUAGGGAUCAUUGUGGCUAAUUAUGUCAGUCCAGGAAUAGUUAGAAGUGCGGGUCUAGUUUAUUUUGCAGUGUCUCAAUGUUUUAAGCUUUCAAUCUCCUCCGUUUAGUUUCCAAUUUCAAUUCUGGGCAAUGGAGGCGAUGACAAGUUAGGAUUGCAAAUAGUAUUUGAAAUAUGGAAUCUAAAUUAAUAAGUAUGCAAACUAA